AUGCUUUCGAUCAAAGCAUCCCUACUCUUGUUCCUCCACUUGGGUCUAUUUUCACAAGCUCAACUCACUGGUCCAGUUGGCGCAACCACACCUCUUUCCAAAAAAACUAUUGAGUGCAACAUUCGCACCCUAUAUCCAACCUUCAAUCCCCUCACCGACGAUGUCUCUAUCCCAAUUACUAACGCAUUUACCUCUUGUGUUCAAAAACAUGCUGGUAGUCGUUUAAUUGUACCUGCGGGAAACUACACGCUCAAAACUAGCAUUAUCUUGAGUAAUGCAGCUAAUUGGGCUUUUCAACUUGAUGGUCUUAUUACCGCGACUUAUUACCCCAAUUCGACGGAUUCGACUUAUGUUGUACCAUAUGUUGUACCUCGCGCAAGGAUUCUAGAGGGAUUUGCAGGUGUAGAGAAGUUGAAUAGGUAUGUAUUGCCGAAGCAAAUUCUGGAUGAUGGGAUUACGGACGUUGAGGUAUCGAAUAGUACUAUUAAUGGGGAGGGUGACGGAGAGUUCUUGGAGAACUUAAUCGUUAUUGUUAAUGCCGUUGAUUUCGAACUCUACUCCGCUAAUGGUCUUGGAGCAAUUCAAGGCCAAGGUUAUUUGUACCGUAUUAAUGGAAACACUAAUCGACCUCGAAUGCUCCGUCUCAUUUCUCCGAUAAAUGCUACAGUUCAUGAUCUACUUUUAAUUGAUAGUCCCAAAUUCCACUUCAUCUUUGAUUUUGGCGAGAAUAUUGAAGUAUAUCACCUGACUAUCCGCGGAGCUAAUCUGGGUUCUUAUGAUGGAAUUGAUGCUAUUGGAACGAACUAUUGGGUUCAUGAUAACGAGGUAACAAAUAGAGAUGAAUGCGUAUCUGUCAAAAGUCCCUCCCAUCAUGCACUGGUGGAGAAUUUGGUUUGUAACCAAGUUGGCUCGGGAAUUUCGAUUGGGAGUUUAAAUGUUUCGGCCGAGAUAUCAAACAUUCACGCACGCAACAUAUCCGUUCUCGGCGGUAACGAAAUCGUCUUCAUCAAGACCUACCCCGGUGGCUCCGGCUAUGUCUCCAAUAUCCUCUGGGAAAACUUCCGUUCCAAAGCAUCUCUCUACGGAAUAAACCUCAACCAAUACUGGCAACAAACCUACCUCCCCGAUAGCGGCGCCGUCGCCUUAACCAACAUCACCUUCCGCAACUUUACCGGCUCCAUCCAAAACGGCGCUCAACGUCCCGCGCUCUACCUCCUCGCCUCCGACUACAUCCCCGCCACAAACGUCACCAUCAAAGACGUCACCGUCUGGACCGAAAGCGGAAGCACAAGUGUGAACCACAUUUCUAACAUUUUCGGCCAGGGCGAUAAUGUCUAUGGCACUAACGAUGGUCUUGUCAGUUUGGGCGCGGGAGAAAAUCCAAAAACAAAAACGUAUACCAGUGCGUAUACGAUUACUAGUGCGCCGACGGGAUGGGCGACACCCACGUGGCCAAGUUGGGCGGUGCCGACAACGGGGUAUGGUAUCGCGGUGCCGAUUCCGGUGUAUACGCCUGCGCCGUUGUGGAAGCCGCAGGGGGAUUAUGAUAAGCAUUAUUGGGGGACUUUUUAG